AGUGUGUACAACCAGGACAAGAGAGAGUGUACAACCAGGACAAGAGAGUGUGUACAACCAGGACAAGAGAGAGUGUACAACCAGGACAAGAGAGAGUGUACAACCAGGACAAGAGAGGGUGUACAACCAGGACAAGAGAGGGUGCACAACCAGGACAAGAGAGAGUGUACAACCAGGACAAGAGAGAUUGUACAACCAGGACAAGAGAGAGUGUACAACCAGGACAAGAGAGAAUGUGA